AUGGAAUAUCUAGGGAGCGGCUUUGAGGCGAUAGGCGGCACACAUCGAAGGCUGUGCGUGCGUUCGAAGCUCGUGGUGGAGCUGAACCCUCGGGUCUCACGGACCUGCGAAGACGCCGGAACUGAGGCGGACCGCCUUCUGUGCCUCCAGAUAGUGGCAGCAUGCUGUCGCCUGACCUACUCUGCUGUGCGUGCUAGCAGCUCUGUCCACACUGCAACGUGCAGCGAGCGCGGUUGUCGCCACAUCGAAACGGCAAAGCUUUGCCGAUCUCCUGGACGAAGUCACGAUCAAAUCGACGGUGAACUUCACCACUCAAACUUUCAUUACGUGCGGGGCUUACGCAUUUCGUGGAGCCUGCUGGCCGUCGCUGCAGCUUGCAGCUCGUGCGCUUUACCGUUUAUGCACGUUGCGAGUUAUUUGCUGCUGGCGAUGCGCUUAGCGUCUAGAGAUGGGAUCACCGGUACCACACUUGCAAUCGUGGAUACGGCCACACUGACGUGCACAACAAGUAACUGCUCAAGUCGACAAGUGGUUGUCACGAAUUCAUCACAUGUUCCGUGGUGUCAGCACGGUAGUGAUGGUAUGUGGAUGUGGAAGGCCUUCACUGCCUGUACGAAGGCCGUUGUGGCGUCUGUACACACACAAAGAGCACAAUAG